UCUAGCAGGACCUGUAGCUGUGCUUAACUUUCACUUACCCUGCUCUGGUGGAUCAUAAAUCAGUUUAAAUUUUGUUUUAUAGAAGCAGCUGCAGUAACACACUACCUAUUACAUUGAUCCCAGCAGUGUUUCAAUUACACGUUUCAUCUCACCUUUACCUGUGCGGAAACAAGCAUUUAGAGAAGCUAAGUGAGUUGACGAAAGUCACCCAGAGGAGCUGAUGAGCAGCCUGGGACCCUCCUGUCCCUUGUGAUCUGGCCGUUAGCAGUGACACAUGGAUUUGAUGUCUGUGGUUUCCAGCCUUCAUGUGAACCCGUUCUGUCGCUUGGAGGAUACUUACGGAGAGUGGCCAUGGAAAAGUCCUGGAUGCUGUGGAACUUUGUUGAAAGAUGGCUAAUAGCCUUGGCUUCCUGGUCUUGGGCUCUCUGCCGUAUUUCUCUUUUACCUUUGAUCGUGACUUUUCAUCUGUACGGGGGCAUUAUCUUACUUUUGUUAAUAUUCGUAUCAAUAGCAGGUAUUCUGUAUAAAUUCCAGGAUGUAUUGCUUUAUUUUCCAGAACAGCCAUCUUCUUCACGCCUUUAUGUUCCCAUGCCCACUGGGAUUCCCCAUGAAAACAUUUUCAUCAGAACCAAAGAUGGAGUGCGUCUGAAUCUUAUUUUGAUACGAUACACUGGAGACAAUUCCCCCUAUUCCCCAACUAUAAUUUAUUUUCACGGGAACGCAGGCAACAUAGGUCACAGGUUACCGAAUGCGUUGCUUAUGUUGGUUAACCUCAAAGUCAAUCUUUUGCUUGUUGAUUACCGGGGCUAUGGGAAAAGCGAAGGAGAAGCCAGUGAAGAAGGACUCUGCUUGGACUCCGAGGCUGUCCUAGACUAUGUGAUGACUAGACCUGACCUUGACAAGACAAAAGUCUUCCUUUUCGGCCGUUCCUUGGGAGGAGCCGUGGCUAUUCACUUGGCCUCUGAAAAUUCACACAGGAUUUCAGCCAUUAUGGUAGAGAACACGUUUCUAAGCAUACCGCAUAUGGCCAGCACUUUAUUUUCCUUCUUUCCGAUGCGUUACCUUCCUUUAUGGUGCUACAAAAAUAAAUUCUUGUCCUACAGAAAAAUCUCUCAGUGCAGAAUGCCUUCUCUUUUCAUCUCUGGACUCUCUGACCAGUUAAUUCCGCCAGUGAUGAUGAAGCAACUCUACGAGCUCUCCCCGUCUCGGACUAAGAGAUUGGCCAUUUUUCCUGACGGGACUCACAAUGACACAUGGCAGUGCCAGGGCUACUUUCCGGCCCUCGAACAGUUCAUCAGAGAAGUCCUCAAAAGUCAUUCUCCGGAAGAAAUGGCAAAAACUUCCUCUAACGUAACAAUCAUCUAAUGUUGUUCCUUUUGAUUCAUGCACUGUAUUUUAAUUUGUGCAGAAUGAUAAAGAAUGUUCCUUCCUAGAAGUGUGUUAUGUCUGUAUUUGUCUGAAGAGUGACAUUAAACUUUGAAAGGACUUCA